AUGGAGGCCGACCGUCCCGUGUCGUUCGAAUUGUCCGCCCUCGAAGACGUCAAGUCGUCUGCCCCGCCGUCUUCCGAGGACCGACUCCUGGAGAGCCUUCCUGAAGCGUCUCUCCAAGCGUCUCUUCCACUGUCAGAUGUCUGCUCAGACUCGAACACGAUUGGGGACGACGACACUAUACCGCGGGGUCGUGAUUUCGCGACGGGGCCAAAGCCAAAGCCAGCACGGGCCAAGGUUCAUUUCGCUGAACCAUAUUUCAGCGAAGAAUCACGUCCCACCACGCCUAAACAACCACCAGUGAAGGAAGACCCGGCAUUACCGUCUCCUCCUCAUGACGCGUUACCACCGCUCAUAUUCCCGCCUCCUCCCCCUUCCGUCGUCCAUCCCAUCCCUCCUCCACCGACGGUCCUGCCGCCACAUGCCCCUGAAGGUUUUCAGAAUGACGCGCACGAACAGCCGCUGAUCGGCGACGACCUUCCAACGAUUGAUACAGACAUGGAGACCUCCCAGGAACAGCUCGUACCUUUACAUCCACCUCCACCUCCACAUCCGCCUCCGCCUCCAGCAGACUUUCUACCGCCAACCACACCAACCAAGACCGAAGGAUCUGUCAAAUCUGUCAAUAUGACCGAAGCUCCACCUCCUCCACCGCCCCCGCCGGGUCCACCCCAACCUCUAGAUAUAACCUACAAUAUGAUCAUCUCCAGUGAUAAUGCCGAAUUGCCGCGAGUGAACCCUGGGGCCCAAAGAAUUUAUGAUCGGUUCAUGGAGGAUCUGUCGAAAUUUGUGCAAAUGCAGGAGGAUAUAACCAGGCUUCGGGUCCAAGUUCAGGAGAAAAGAACCGCAUUGCGAAUACAUCGGCAGAAUGUUUCUGACAAUGACCGAAUCUUUAUGGAUGCUCUACGUGUAUCAUGGAUCAGUGGGACUACCUCCACAGACACUAAAUUGGAACACUUUUUCCAGAAAGCCCAAUCAUCCCGAGACCUGGUUGGUCCGGCUGAAGACGACUACGAGGAGAUUGAGGGUAGAUUGGGUGCCGCUGAGUUUGCCUUGAAGGAGCAGUACGAAGAGUUGCAACGCAAAUUCAACCACUUCUUCAAGUUGCAAACUGGUACUACGACGGUAGCAACACACAUGUCCGACAUUUCCUUCGAAACAGGUUCGCAUAAGAGCGAGGUAGAGGGCGAACCAAGGAACGCCGCCAUGCUCAACGGAGCCUAUCUUGGCGAUAGCGUCAAAGUCGGCCAGAUGCCUUUGUUCAAGGCAAUGCCCCAAGAACCCGAAUAUGAGAGUUCGCUGUCCCACAGCAAACAAGAGUCGUUAGGAUUACACAACAUCCCGCGUCGAAGUACUGAGCGCCGUAGUACUGUUCUUACGGCGGAAGACGUGCCGAAAGGCAUGGCCGGGGAAGAUCGCAUUCCUCUAGAACUUACGGCUCCUGAUCUACAAACGCCAGAUAUCUGGCGAAUGGCGCAGCCCGACAAUCUGCGAGGUAUUGGAGACCUGGUGACUAUCCCUGAAGGAGAGCCAGCUUUCGAGGAAGAUGACAAUUUCUGGGGAGACGGACGAGACUUGCUCCUCCUGGACGAGGGUCCAAGUAGCCAGUCUACCCUUAGCGAUUAUCUACGUGAUUUCAAAAGCACACGUGAACGUAUCAACAUGUGGAUUCUCCAUAAGCUCAGAAUCUCCCCAUGGGAGAUGUAUGAGCUGGAGCGGAGUGUUGGUGAAGCAUCACAAGGAGAGCGUAUCCCGGAUUGGGCGCAUAUGGCGCUUGAUGUGUGGAGAACCGAUCUAGCCACGAAAGAUCUCGCCAACGUCAGAUAUGGUCCGGAUUCAAUAGAAGAAGACUCAGUCGAACAGCUGCCGCCUGCGGUACUACCUGCCAGGCCAGCCCCCAUUCCACCUGCUCCAGACGGACGUAAGAGGCAGAGACGAGGCCGUUCUCGCCACAAGUCUGAUCCAGGAAAUUCGUCCAAGGUCAUGGAUUUCGGAACCACCAAUAUGGCAGUACGGCAGAGAACGUGA